UCAGCUUAGCGUACCUGAUGCCGGAUGGUGUAAACAGCAACAGCCUGAGAUAUUUUACCAACUUUCCCGAGUCAGAUACCAAAAAGUUAAAAUUUGCGAAAAUUUGUCGUUGACGUAUGUGAAAAAAUGUCUAGAAGUGCAUGUUUUGCAUCACACCAUUGAUUAUGAAAACUAUGUCCGACCAAUGUCAAUAUAAAGUUACCUGUCAUGUAUUCAAAUUUUCAUCUCGCAUGAAUUCAUCUUUUUCAUCAACAAAUUUGAACAGCUGUUUUUCCUUAAUUUGCUAUUUGAGAGUGUAUAAUGCAUCUGACUUCAUCUUGAUCAAUGUUUUAUCAGGGGUCUUUCUGGUCGUUUGGAUGUUUGAAAGCAUCUAAACGCAUUGAUAUAUUUUGAAAUGCCUUUGAAGCAAGAACCAAAAUGUUGCAUCUUUCUUGUGUGUUUGCGCGCUCGCAACGAGAGCAAAAUUAAAUAUGGAAUUGAGGUGUCAAUUCCAAUCCUACGCUUGGGGAAAAUGCAGCAACGACAGUAUAGUCGCCACCUUGAUGAAGCCGUCCAAUCCUGAUGCUAUAUUGGACGAAAAAACACCAUAUGCCGAAUUAUGGAUGGGUACUCAUCCCAAUGGUCCAUCGUUCUUAAAAGAUGAAAAUAAACCAUUAGACGAGUACAUAACACAAAAUAAAGAAUCUUUAGGUAAUGCGGUGUUACAAAAAUUCGGUCCACAACUGCCGUUUCUUUUUAAAGUAUUGUCUAUUAGCAAAGCUCUCUCGAUUCAAUUACAUCCAAAUAAGAAACAAGCUGAAAGGUUACAUCAGUCACAGCCUAACGUUUAUAAAGAUUCUAAUCAUAAACCUGAGAUGGCUAUUGCACUCACGCCAUUUGAAGCGCUUUGCGGUUUCCGUCCAAUUGCAGAAAUAAAAACGUAUCUGCAAGCCAUUCCAGAAUUAAGUGCCAUCGUAGGAGAAGAUAUUAUUCUUGAGCUUACACCUGUUUCAGAAACUUCUCUUAAUCUCAGUUUAAAGAAAUGCUUCCAAAGUCUUAUGUCCUGCGAAGAAAGUAUCGUAGCUCAUCAGUUAAAGAUACUUAUCGAUAGAAUAUCUAUUCUAGAUCAAUUUACCAGACAAACUUUAAACGCCAGUUUAUUGGAACGUUUAUAUGCUGAUUAUCCAGGAGAUGUGGGAUGCUUUGGUAUAUAUUUCUUUAAUUAUAUAACUUUACAACCAGGAGAAGCCAUGUAUCUUGAACCAAAUGAGCCGCAUGCAUACCUUUCGGGCGAUUGCAUUGAAUGCAUGGCGUGUUCAGACAAUGUCGUGAGAGCAGGUCUAACUCCAAAACUAAAGGAUAUAAAAACUUUAUUAGAAAUGUUGAAUUACAAAUGUGAGUCUGGCUCUGCGAAGCGCUUCCAACCAUCUCGAGAGGACGAAUGUACAGAAAUUUUCCGUCCUCCUGUACCUGAUUUUGCUGUGACUAGAAUUACGGUACCCCCUGGUAGAGCAUCUUACACUCUAAUUCCAAGAACUGUAGGAAGUAUUUUGAUAAUAGUGAAUGGAAAAGCAGAAAUUACCUCUUCGCCGCCAAAAAUUCUCAACCGUGGAUCAGUUCUCUUUAUUCCGGCCAAGGAACGUAUAAACAUAAAAGUUCUUUGUGGUUGCCAUCCCAUGCUGAUGUUUCAAGCCUUCGUCAACGUAUAAAAGCAUUUGCAUCCAAAUUUUAUCUUGUGAUGUUCUCCAUUUCAUGGAAAAUCUUUGUUUUGUUAUUAAAUCGACCUCUGAAAGACCAAGCUUAUCUUAAUGUUUGAGGGCCAAUCAGAUAGUAAACUAAGUAAUGGUAUCGUAUCUUUCGUCAAAACAGUAUAGAAAUAUUCGAUAUAAUUUAUUGUACUUUAUUGUACAGUUGAAGUUCGACUAUUUGAAUGAUAUAUGUUGUACUCUAUUUUGAAUUUCCUAAAACAAGGUUUAAAUUUCACUCGUAAAUGACCGAAUAGUAGUAAUACCAUUCCAAGAAUUCCUCAGGAUGGAAAAAUUAUUAUUUUAUAUUAAAUCUAUAUAUGCUGGACAUAAGAAAAUAAACAU